GCAAAGCAUUGAGUAUGUUUCAUCCAAACCCAUAAAUCCAGCGAUGGCCAUCACUCCCAACGAUCCCACCGCCUCUCUCCCUCCCCGUUUUCUCACCCUUCAAUGCCGUCUCCUCCGCCUCUCCCCUCCUAAUCUCUUCCUUCCUCAAUGUCUCUCUCUCCCCACCAUCAUUCCCCCGCUUCUUCCUCCUCCUCCUCCUCCUCUCACUUCCUCUGUUCCUCCGCCCCCGACUUUCCGCUCUCCGAUGACUCCCCCAUUUUCACUCUUCUUCAAUCCCAGCUCCACCACAUGCCCCGCCUCGACUACCUCCGCCGCUGCCGUGACCACUCCAUCGACCUCACUGCCCGUCAAGACUCCAUCAACUGGAUCUUGAUGGUUCACUCCCACUACAAUUUCAAACCGGUGACUGCGAUUCUCUCUGUUAAUUACUUUGAUCGCUUCCUCUCCUCCAAUAUUCUUCCACGGCGAAAUGGAUGGGCGUUUCAGCUUCUAUCGGUGGCGUGUUUGUCAUUAGCGGCGAAAAUGGAAGAACCUGAGGUUCCGUUGCUUUUGGACCUUCAAAUCUUUGAACCUAAGUACGUAUUCGAGCCAAAAACCGUUCAGAGAAUGGAGCUUUGGGUUAUGUCUAUUCUCAAUUGGAGAUUACGCGCCGUCACGCCUUUCGAUUUUCUCCACCACUUCAUCUCCGAUCUUCCUUCGUCUUCUUCUGCCGCUGACGGCGGUCGUGGAGACGGCGAUGAUUCUGAUCGCUUAUUCUCAUCUUCUUCCGAUCUCAUUCUCAGCACCAUACGCGUGAUCGAUUUCUUGGAGUUUCCGCCGUCCACCAUUGCUGCCGCCGCCGUUCUCUGUGCCGCUGGUGAACGGUUGAAUUCUCCGGCGGGUUGUUCCCAUUUUCUUGCGGCGAACAGAAUCGAAAAUGUGAAAAGCUGUCAACAACUAAUGGAGGAGUACGUGAUUGACACGUGUACAGCGGAGCUCCGAAAACAGCGGAGGAUAGGAGAAGAGGAACCGGCUCCACCGAGUCCAGUCGGGGUUCUCGACGCGGCUGCUUGCGCUAGCUGUGACAAUCCUGGCUCCACCAGCCACGAGCCGCCCUCUAAGAGGAUACGCUCCUCUGCCCCCGAUGUACAGCACCAGUAGAUAAGACCUACUUCGUGUCAUUUUCUUAUAGGGGGGGGGGAGAUAGAGAGAUAGAGAGAGAUAGAGAGAGAGGGAGAGAGAUUUGAUUUUAUUGUUGUUAUUAUUUUUUCUUUUUUACUUUUUAAAAAUCUGUGGUCUUUAUUUCUCGCUCUCUUUUUGUUGGGUCGCCAUUCUCUUUGUCGUUGACCAUUUAAAUUGAAGGGUUGAGAUUGCAUGGAGGAGGGUGAUCUCAGAAAAGAAGAAGAUGAUUAUUUUUUUUUCUUUUUUCUUUCACUUGUUUAUUAAAAAAGAAAGGGAUUACAAAAUACAAUAUCUACGAAUUUUGGGAGGUAAGAUGGGGAAAUAAGAGGGAGGGAGGUCUAAGUAAUGAUAGGAAAAGUGUUUAAAGUCAAUAAUUUAUGAAUUAUUCGAUGCUGCGAUUUUAUGAUCCCCAUGCAUGAAUGAAAAUGAACAACCAUUGGAUUUUUAUUAUGAAAUUAGUGGGCCCUUCGGGACCUAUUUUUACUUUUUCUUUUACCAUUUUACCCUUUUACCCUUUUACCCUUUUUUCUUUUUAUUGGUCCACGUGGUGGGUGUAUUGUAAAUCCAUGUAUAUCAUUCCCUCUCCUUUCUUUUCUUUUCUUUUUUGUGUUUAUAUUUGGUUGUAAUGUUGGUAUUACAUUUUAUAUUUUCAUUCAUAUUCUUACAUGUACAAGUUGGAACAAUGAAAUUUAAAUUUAAAAUACGAAA